GGGCCCUUGAAGUGAUCUGGAGGUGUCGACAUGUUGCCGCUGACUUGUCAGCAGGUGAAUCUGGAUGAGCCAGUUUGACUCGUUCAAGAAUCAGCUGCCUCUCACCUGCGGCGGUACCCCCUUCAGGCACCACGCCUGCAUGACAUACACUCUGAGGUCUGAUUGGUUCACGGAAAGGGCAGCGCUUCUGACAGGGGGUCUGACGUGAGCUGGAUCAGGAGCAGUCAGACUGCUUUCUGUGGGUUCAGUUUAACCCAGCUGAGCUCAGAGGAUCAGACACAGUGAGGAGUUUCCGUACCUGCCUCAGGUCAAGUGAAGCAUCAUGGGAGGCGGCAGAUGGACGAGCCGGCCGUGGGCCGACCAGUGACACACACGCUGACACACAGAAACACACAUACGAUGGAACAAGGCUUCAGCUUAAACACACUGAAGAAGCUGGCAGCAGAGCCCAACUACACGGACGUGUCGCUGACGGCGGCGGAGCGUGUCCGAGCGCUGGGGAAGAUGGGAUGCUGCGUGGAGAUCAACGAGGACAUCGCACCCAGACGCUACUUCCGCUCGGGCGUGGAGAUGGAGCGCAUGGCAGCAGUUUACCUGCAGGAGGGCAGCCUGGAGAAUGCCUACGUCCUCUACACCAAGUUUAUCACUCUGUUUGUAGAGAAGCUGCCCGCUCACAGAGACUACCAGCAGUGUGCCGCCAUCCCAGAAAAACACUUCAUCAUGAAGAAACUUCAGGACGUGGCGUUUCCCCGUAAAGACGAGCUGAAGAAGCGUCUGGAGGAGAAAUACAGCAGGGAACACAGCGAAUACCUCAGAGUCCAGAGCCAGGCGGCAGUUGUGGUGGACGGGUGUGGCCAGCAGCUGCAGCGGCUAUCCCUAUUAGACGAGGACAGGAGGAGGUUCCUGCUGCUGGAGGAGGAGAGGCAGCGUGUUGCUACUCUGCGACGCAUGCAGAUCGAAUCGGAACAGUUUCGCUACUUCGAGGACCAGCUGAGGCGCCAGGAACUUGCCAAUAAGAGAGGAGUAGAGGCGGAGCAAAAGGUUCAGACCAAAGUGCCUGAGGUGACAGACGGGUCCUGUCUGUCCCAGCAGCCAAUCAAAAACAGCGUACGGGCGGACCCUAACAGAAACAGACCCCCUGCUCCCGUGAGCCAACCCGCUGCCACGCUGGCUGGAGUACAUAGUGAGAGAGUGGAGGGCCUGAGGCGGGUCCUGAUUCCCAAAGGGCUGACGGAGAGAUUCCUCUCGCUGGCUAGAUCGAACACGGCCAGAGGAAUAGAAACCUGUGGAGUCCUCUGUGGACAGCUGACGCACAAUGAGUUCACGCUGACUCAUGUCGUGAUCCCCAAACAGACCGCUGGCCCAGAUUUCUGUGACAUGGAGAACGUGGAGGAGCUGUUCAGCUUCCAGGACGAGCACCACCUGCUGACAUUGGGCUGGAUCCAUACUCAUCCCACUCAGACGGCCUUCCUCUCCAGCGUCGACCUCCACACUCACUGCUCGUAUCAGCUGAUGCUGCCGGAGGCCAUCGCCAUCGUCUGUGCUCCAAAACACAACGACACGGGUGUGUUCAGGCUGACCGACCUGGGGAUGUCUGAGGUUUCUGCCUGCAAACUGAAAGGUUUCCAUCCUCACUCCAAGGAGCCUCCUCUCUUCACGGUGUGCAGACACGUGGUGUUCAGGGACUUGCGGCUCGACCUGCUGGACCUCAGGUUUUAGAUAGGUGCUCUUUUGCUGCCAGGCUUUUAUUCUGAAGAGAACUGUGAACCCUGUGUGUGUGUGUGUGUGUGUGUGUGUGUGUGUGCGCGCGCGCGCUGAAGUGUUUUAACACAUUUUGAUCAGUUUACAGGAAAUUUUGAGGGAUAUUUUUUUUUUUUUUUUUUUCUUUUGUGGAACUUCUGUUGCUUUGAGCUGCUGGCUAUGCAGACAGUGUGCUCACGUUCUGAUCAGCUGGACUAAGUUUAGUCUCCUGUCAUUCUAACUGCACCUCUGAAACAGUUUCAGCCAUAGUCUGCUCCGAGUGCAGCGUAGCCCUCACCGAGCUGUUGAAUGUUAAUGUAAAGCUUUACCCAUGUUAGUCGGGCUUUCUCAAACAUCGGACAUUCUCGGUGUUCGCUGCUGUAAAGAGGAAGUGACGGCAAACUCACUCAUUCUUUGAGGGCGUGAGAGGUAAUUAUUAUAAACAAGAAGUGUGUGUGUGGGGGGGGGGGGGGGGCAGCAGCAGUGUGUUCUGAGGUUUUUAAACUUUGCAAAUAAAAGCUAGAACCAGUGUGAAGAAACAUCUCAGAGCAGAAUGAGAGUGCCUGAAAGAUGUGAACGAGUGCCUUCUGAAAACGAAUGUUUGCACCGGCCGAGGAACUUUUUAACAUGAAGUGUUUACGCUCUCAAGGGAAACUUGAGCAUAGUAACUAUUUUACCGAUAAAUGGGUUUAAACCUUUACUAACUUCACCCAGCGAGACAAAGCUGCAGCAGGUCAGAUCAGUUGGCGCUGAACCCUGCAGUCAUUUCUGACCCUGAACGCAUCACACCCACCAGUGUUAAAGCUGGUAGUUUAAGCCGGAGUCCUGAAAUCAUGAUCAGGAAGUUUGUUUAAACCAGGAAUAAAAUGUGAAGCUGCAGUUUUGUCUUUAAGAUUUGAUUUUACUGAAGUGGCCUUGUUACCUGUGGACUGUUUGACCUGAGCUUUGCCUCUCAGGCACAUACAGGUACUGAUUGGACCAUUGGAAAGAUCACAGCUGUGAGGC